AUGUGCAACCUCAGCCAGAGCGGCUCGGUGCAGGCCCGUGUGGUGCGGGUCCGUGUGUUGCGGGUCCGUGUGGUGUGGGCCCGUGUGGUGCGGGUCCGUGUGUUGCGGGUCCGUGUGGUGCGGAGGGCGCCCUUUUCUUCCUUCGCAGGUCGCCUGGUGGGAGCCCUGGAUGCGGUGCUGGACUCCAGCGCACGGGUGGCUCCGUUCCGGAUCCUGCUCCAGGUGCCCGGGUCCCAGGUCUACUCUCCGAUCGCGUGCGGGGCGACGCUGGAGGAGGUGGAGCAGCACUGGGACUGGCUGGAGCAGAACCUGCUGCACACCCUGUCCGUCUUCGACAGCAAGGAGGACAUCGCCAGCUUCGUCAAAGGGAAGGUGAAGGCCCUGAUCGCUGAGGAGACCAGCAGCCGGCUGGCCGCGCAGGAGGAGGAGCCCGAGAAGUUCCGAGAGGCCUUGGUCAAGUUUGAGUCCAGGUUCCAGCUCCCGGAGGCAGAGAAGCUGGUCACCUACUACUCGUGCUGCUGCUGGAAGGGCCGGGUGCCCCGCCAGGGCUGGCUCUACCUCAGCGCCCACCACCUCUGCUUCUACUCCUGCUUCCUGGGCAAGGAGCUUAAACUUGUCAUCCCGUGGGUUGACAUCCAGAAGUUAGAAAAAACGUCCAACGCCUUCCUGACGGCCACCAUCCGCGUCAGCACGCCCAGCAAGGAGCGGGACUUCUCCAUGUUCCUGGACCUGGAGGGGGCGCUGCAGGUCAUGGAGCAGCUGGCCGACGUGACGCUGCGCAGGCUGCUGGACAACGAGGGCUUUGACCUGGACCCCCCCCUGCAGGAGCCGAGCCAGAUCACCAAGAGGGACCUGGAAGCCCGGGCGCAGAGCGAGCUGUUCCGGGCCGUCUUCAGGCUGCCGCGGCGGGAGAGGCUGCACACCUUCCAGGACUGGGCCCUGUGGAAGGUGGAGCCCCCCCGGACGUGCCCUUGCCUCACCCGCAGCCUGUGGGCCGGGUCCUCCGCGGUGGCUCUGUCCGUCCGUCCAUCCGGGACAUUCCUGGAUGUGCUCAACACUGCCUCCCCUUCGGCGCAGGUGCUGAGCAUCGAGAAGAUGGAGGACACGAGCCUGCUGCCCAGCCCCGUCAUCGUCAGUGUGCGGGGCCAGAUGGCCUUCCAGUUCAUCGAGCUGAAGGACAGGGACCCCCUGCCUGCUUCUUCCUUCCCCGCCCCACAGACGCCGCUGCCGCUUCAGUCAACAAGCGCCUGCAACGACCACACGUUUGGGGACCUGGAAAUGGUGUCUUCUCAGAGCAGCGAGGAGAGUGGAGAGGAGGCCCCGGGCGCUGUCCUGCCAAUGUCCAGGGAAGAGGUAAAGAUAAGCCUGUGGAAGGACCACUUUGUGGAAUAUGGCAGGACCGUGUGCAUGUUCCGCACGGAGAAGAUCCGGAAGCUGGUGGCCAUGGGCCUCCCCGAGUGUUUGCGUGGCAGGCUCUGGCUGCUCUUCUCAGAUGCCAUAACCGACCUCGCCUCGAAUCCCGGCUACUACGGGCGCCUGGUGGAGGAGUCCCUGGGGAAUUGCUGCCUGGCCACGGAGGAGAUCGAGCGGGACCUGCACCGGUCCCUGCCGGAGCACCCCGCCUUCCAGACCGAGACGGGCAUCGCCGCUCUGAGGAGGGUCCUGACAGCCUACGCCCACCGCAACCCCAGGAUCGGGUACUGCCAGUCCAUGAACAUCCUGGCCUCCGUGCUGCUGCUCUACGCCACCGAGGAGGACGCCUUCUGGCUGCUGGUCGCGGUGUGCGAGCGCAUGCUCCCCGACUACUUCAACCGCCGCGUGCUGGGGGCCCAGGUGGACCAGUCCGUGUUUGAGGAGCUCAUUCAGGAGCAGCUGCCGGAGCUGGCGGAUCGCCUGCAGGACCCCUCGGCCCUGGCGUCCCUGUCACUCUCCUGGUUCCUGACGCUCUUCCUCAGCAUCAUGCCCCUGGAGAGCGCCGUGCACGUGGUCGACUGCUUCUUCUACGACGGCAUCAAGGUCGUCUUCCAGCUGGGGCUGGCCGUGCUGGAGGCCAAUGCCCGGGCCCUGUGCAGCAGCCGGGACGACGGCCAGGCCCUCGUGCUCCUCAGCAGGUUUCUAGAUCACAUCAAGAACGAGGACAGCCCUGGGCCCCCCACGGGCAGCCACCACGCCUUUGUCUCCGAGGACCAGGAGCCUCCUCCGGUGACGGACAUUGGGGACCUGAUCCGCGACUCCUAUGAGAAGUUCGGGCACCAGUCGGUGGGGCAGAUUGAACGCAUGCGCUGCAGGCACAGGAUCCGGGUCCUCCAGGGCCAUGAGGGCACCACCAAGCAGAACGUGCUCCGCGUGGUCAGCCCUGAAGUCUCGUUCCCCCUUGGCGACCUCGAGGAGCUCUAUGACUUGUUCAAGCGGGAGCACAUGAUGAGCUGCUACUGGGAGCAGCCGCGGCCCGGGCCUGCCCGCCACGACCCCAGCCGGCCCUACGCCGAGCAGUACCGCAUAGACAGCCGGCAGUUUGCACGCCUGUUCCAGCUGGUCUCGCCAUGGACCUGCGGGGCGCACACGGAGAUCCUCGCCGAGAGGACCUUCCGGCUCCUGGACGACAACAUGGACCAUCUUAUCGAAUUCAAAGCGUUUGCCAGCUGCCUCGACGCUAUGUAUAACGGAGAAAUGAAUGAGAAAAUUAAACUGCUCUACAGGCUCCACGUUCCUCCCGCCCUCACUGAAGAUGACCAAGACAGCCAGUCACCACUGAAGAACCCUCUGCUGUCCACAUCAAGACCCCUGGUCUUUGGGAAAGCAAACGAUGAUGCCUCCGACUACAAGAAACAGCUAAAGCAGAUGAUUAAGGAUUUAGCCAAAGAAAAAGCUAAAUCUGAGACUGAGUUGCCCCAAAUGAGCCAGAGAGAAUUUAUCCAGUUCUGUAAAACUUUGUACAGCAUGUUCCACGAAGACCCAGAGGAAAACAACUUGUACCAAGCCAUCGCCACGGUCACCACGCUCCUGCUACAGAUCGGGGAGGUGGGGCAGCACAGCAGCAGCAGCAGCUCAGGGAGCUGCUCCCAGGAGAGCGGGGAGGGGCCGCGGGCCUCAGCACCUUCUCCUGAGCAGGACUCUGUUUUUGCGGACACAGACACUGGGACAGCUCCCCAGGACGCCAGGGCAUUUCCUGAAGAGGCGGAAGGGGACUGGACAGUCUCCCUUGAACACAUUUUAGCUUCACUUCUGACUGAACAGUCAUUAGUAAACUUUUUUGAAAAGCCACUGGACAUUAAAUCCAAACUUGAAAAUGCCAAGAUCAAUCAGUACAACCUCAAAACUUUUGAAAUGAGCAGCCAAUCACUGCCUGAACUUAAGCAAGAUAGUGACUUGCUGAGAUGAGUUGGCCAUAACAAAGCAAGAACCACCCAUUUGUGGACUGUCAGCCCCAUAAAUCCAGAUUUCAGUCUCAUUCAUUCUGAGUAUAGUCUAUGUUCUGGGCAUCCAGAUAAGCAACCUGACAGCCCCAACUGUGGCCAGAACUGAUGCAACCCUCAACAUUGUGUUCUUUAUUAAUAAAGAGGGAGAGACAUUGAUAUUGGUUGCCUCCCAUACAAACCCUGGCCUGGGAUGGGACCUGCAACCUGUCAUGUGCCCUGACUGGAAAUCAAACCUGUAGCCUUCCGGUGCGCAGGAUGCCGCUCCAACAAACUGAGCCGCAGCAGCCAGGCCAGGCUGUUUGACUAUCAGAUUCACUGAAAUAGGCACCGCUGCUGUGAUGUUUUCAUUCAGAUAGAACACAGGUCCAAUGCUACAUGCUAACCCAGACUAAGAAACGCCCAAGCUCAUUUUUCACUUGGAUAAUGGGAGGUCUAGAGUCAAGUUCACUUUGAAGAUCUAAGAGCCACUGUCUAUGCAAUUGCAUCUGGCUUUUUCUUUGCACAAAUUUUGUUUCAAUGCUGGUAAUUGAAACCAUUUUAAUAUAUUUGGUUGUAUUCACUUUCCUUACAAAAAUGUUGUGUAUAAAUCAUGCUAUCAAUGUUGGCCUCUAAGAUUUUUAAUAAGAAAUUUUUGUACCGACUUUGGUCCUUG